AUGCCACACUUCCAGCAAUCGCCUUCUACAACGUCACCCGCCGUCCCAGCCGGCGUUUGGUGUCCCGUCAUCUCAUUAUACAAAGACACACCUCGCCAAGAAAUCGACCUCGAAGCAAGCUACACAUACUUCUGCCACCUCAUCAAAGGCGGCGUAAAUGGCCUGGUGCUCCAAGGUUCCACAGCUGAGGCAGCUCUGCUAUCCCGAGAAGAAAGAAUAGAUAUCACUCGCACAGCUCGAAAAGCAGCAAUCGACCUCGGAGUCCCGGAUUUUCCUUUAGCUGCUGGAAUCAGCGGGCAAUCCACGAAUGAAUCAAUCCGACUCGCAGAAGAUGCAGCAGCUGCUGGAGCAGAUUUUGGACUUUUGCUACCUCCGAGUUAUUGGCCCAAGGUGAUAACGAACGAUGCGAUUGUAGAGUUUUAUCGCGAGGUGGCGGAUAACUCGAGGAUUCCGAUAAUCUGUUACAACUUUCCAGGCGUCACGUCAGGCAUUGACCUCAGUGUCGACAUUCUCUCGCAACUAGCGCCACAUCCCAAUAUCGUUGGCGUGAAGCUCACUUGUGCGAACGCUGGCAAAGUGACCUCACUUACUGCCAAGUUCAAGCCUUCGGAAUUCGCGGUCUUCUCUGGACAAUCGGAUUGGCUUCUUCCCUGUUUGAUCGGAGGCGGGAUUGGCUGUGUGACUGGUAUCGGCAAUGUAUUCCCAAAAUCGGUGUCGAAGCUUUACUCGCUAUGGCAAGAAGGUAAGAUCGAGGAAGCGAGAGAGCUCCAAGGGAAAGUCGCGCUGGCCGAAGGCGCUUGCAAGAAAGGUCUCUCGGCAACCAAAUUUGGCACAGCGUACUUCGCUGGUCCAGUAGCUGGUCUUUCGAGUCAUGCGUCUUUCAGUACAAGAAAGCCUUAUCAGCCAGCCGGAAAAGCACUGCAAGAGUCGACAAUCGUCACGAUGCAACCUUUGGCUGAGCUCGAGCAAUCUCUUCCCGAUGUGAUCUCUCGGCCUCCACCAGCUUCUAAGCUCAGCAAUGGAACGAAUGGGCAUUCUGUCGGGCAGGAAUCUGUUCGAAGCCAUUUUACACUCAACACAGGUGCUCAAAUCCCUGCUGUCGGGUUUGGUACCUGGAAAGCUGCACCUGGUGAUGCAGCAAAAGCUGUAAAAGAGGCGUUUGCAGCAGGAUAUCGCCAUUUCGACUGCGCGCCGCUGUACUUCAACGAAGCGGAAAUCGGUGAAGUAUUCAAGAGCGCGCCGAUCCCUCGAUCAGAAUUCUUCGUCACAACGAAGCUCUGGUCCUCGGACCAUCAACGCGUACAGCAAGCCUUAGACAAGUCUCUCCAAGAUCUUGGAUUGAACUAUGUCGAUCUCUACCUCAUGCACUGGCCUGUCACGCUGAGUCCAGACACAGGAGCAGAGUACGGCAAAGAAGAUCGAAAUGUCCAUGUCGAAGGCUGGGAUUUCCGAGAUACGUGGAGGGAGAUGGAGAAGCUGCUAGACACUGGCAAAGUCCGUGCGAUUGGUGUCGCGAACUUCUCGACCGUGAAUCUCGAAAAGCUCCUCCAAACAGCGAGGACCGUGCCAGCUGUUAACCAGACUGAGAUUCAACCUCUUCUACCUCAAGACAAGUUACACACGUUCUGUUCGUCGAAGGGUAUUCACCAAACAGCUUUCGGGCCCUUAGGUGGCACAGGGAGCACCUUGCACGAGGAGCCCGUCAUUGUCCAGAUUGCUGAGAAGAGAGGCGUCGCGACGGGCAAUGUAAUGCUUUCCUGGGGUAUUGCAAAGGGCUGGUCCGUGAUACCCAAGUCCAUCAGUCCGAAGCGAAUCGCUGCGAACCUAGAGGACAACUUUGUGCCAAGCCCAGCCGAGAUGCAGGCUAUCGAUGAGCUGGCAAGAAAACAAGGCAAGCGCUUUAACCGACCAGAUUGGGGAGCAAUCAUCUUUCAUGAUGAUGCCGAUGCAAAUGUAGCGUAG